UGACGCCCGUUCCGGGGCUACUGGACUUGGGGAAGGCUCACGCGGCCAGCGGUCACAAUCAGCCCCCAAGCGGCCCGCACUCAGCCCACUUACACUGACAUGUCGCCGAUGCCAGACUUGGCUUGCUUUGCGGCGCAGCGUGCACGCCAAACGAUAGACGAUAAAAGGGAACUGCGAGGGCGUGGUUUCACUUGUUCCAUAUAUCCCUUGGCCAGCUACGCGUUCCUGCCAUUGUGUCUUUGUUUCUUGUUCGCUUCCUCGACUCCCGCCUCGUGUCUACACUUACGUCGGUGGUUGGGUUUGUGCACUGCAAGACUUUAGAGCUAUGUCGACGUCUAAUCCUUCUGUCGAAGACGUGGAGAAGGGCGCUACUACGAAUUAUGCACACCUCACGAACACGACGGUUCACAGCUUCAGUUGGCAGAAUGUCACCGUCUCUGUCAAGGAUCGGAAAUCGAAGCAGCCGCUCGAUAUUCUCUCAGGUGUGAAUGGCAUCGUCGAAGCUGGCGAGAUGAUGGCAUUAAUGGGACCGAGUGGGUCUGGAAAGACGACUCUACUCAACGUACUAGCACAUCGAGCGGCAACCACAAAUGCAGAUAUCCAGCAAACACUCGCCAUCAACGGCACACCGACAUCACUUUCCUCAUUCCGCAAGCUCAGCUCUUACGUCGAGCAGGAGGAUGCCCUCGUCGGCUCACUUACAGUCCGUGAAACUCUAUACUUCGCAGCACAACUCGCACUACCUAGCUCAGUCAGCAAAGCGGAACGCAAAGCCCGUAUCGAGGGUUUGCUCUCGUCCUUCGGUUUACGGGAUCAAUCAGAUACGAUCAUCGGUACCCCAAUCCGCAAGGGCGUAUCUGGCGGUCAAAAGAGGAGAGUCAGUGUUGCUGCACAGCUGAUGACAAGCCCCAAGAUACUCUUCCUGGACGAGCCAACCAGCGGGCUUGACUCAGCGGCCAGCUGGGAGGUCAUGAGCUUUGUGAAAGAGCUCGCAAAGAAGCACAAAUUCUUGGUGAUUGCUUCGAUACAUCAACCAUCCACCACUACCUUCGAGCUCUUCGAUAAGCUGUUGCUACUGUCAAAGGGCAAAGUUGCCUACAAUGGCCCCGUGCCAGGUAUCAAGGACUAUUUUGCCGGUCUAGGAAACAACAUGCCACUCUAUAUGAACCCAGCCGAGUACGUAAUCCAGCUCGUCAACACAGACUUCACGCGCGACCACACCAAGUCUACCGACCAACUCGACUACCUCCACGCAUCGUGGUCAAACUCAUCAAACGCUGCCCUCAUCACCCACCAAAUCCAAGCUGGAUCCAUCUCCCACAACGCCCCUCCCAUCCUCUCAACACCGCAGUCAGCAAGCCCCCUCCUCAUCCCCCUAACGCUGAUCCACCGCUCCUUCAUCAAAUCCUACCGCGACGUCGUCGCCUACGGCAUCCGCGUGGCCAUGUACCUCGGGCUCGCCAUCAUGAUGGGCACCGUGUGGCUGCGCCUCUCGCCAACCCAAGCCAACAUCCAAGCCUACACGAACGCCAUAUUCUUCGGCGGCGCGUUCAUGAGCUUCAUGGCCGUCGCCUACAUCCCCUCGUACCUCGAAGACCUGGCGCUGUUCCGCAAAGAGCGCGCAAACGGACUCUACGGACCGACGGCGUUCAUGCUCGCCAACUUCGUCAUCGGCGUGCCGUACCUGUUCCUCAUUGCGGUGCUGUUCAGCGUCGUCGCGUACUGGCUCGCGAACUUCGCGCCCACGGCGACAGGCUUCUGGACGUGGGUCAUGUGGCUGUUUCUCGACCUGCUGGCGGCGGAGUCGCUGGUCGUGCUGCUCAGCAGCCUGAUUCCGAUUUUCGUGGUCGCGCUGGCGGCGACGGCGUUUGCGAACGGGCUGUGGAUGUGCGUCGGCGGGUUCAUGGUGCAGCCCGAGGCGCUGAAUGUGUUCUGGCGCUAUGUGUUUCACUACAUCGAUUACCAGGCGUAUGUCUUCAGGGGCAUGAUGGUGAAUGAGUUCGGCAAGAGGAACUAUAGCUGCGAGACCUCGUCUGAUGGAGGGUGUUUCUGCAUGUACCCGAGUGCGUUGCAGGAUCAGUGCCUCGUCGAGGGCAAGGCUGUGCUGCAGAGCUUUGGGUAUGGGACUGAGAACGUGGGGAGGUAUGUUGGGUACAUGAUUGUUAUUACCUUUGUGUACAGGGUGUUGGGAUGGUUCGUGCUGUGGGUUAGGAAGCAUUAGUCUGGUUGUGCAAGUCUAGAUAAGAAUACACAUCUUCUCCGCUCUUAAAUGCAGUCAAAUAGAGUAAUAGAG